AUGAACUUAAGAUCAAAACUGGGUGCAACAGUUUUCAAAACCAAUGGUCAAAGGGAGGACGAAGGAGAGUCAAAAGUCGAACCCUACGUAGGGCUAGAAUUCGAUACACCAGAAGCCGCACAAGAAUUCUACAACACUUAUGCGACUCAAACCGGAUUCAAAAUCAGAAUCGGUCAACUCUACAGGUCAAGAGUCGAUGGCUCAGUUAUUUCUAGAAGAUACGUCUGUUCAAAAGAAGGCUUCCAAACCACUUCAAGAACCGGUUGUCCCGCCUUCAUCAGAGUCCAAAAGGGCGAUUCUGGAAAAUGGGUUUUAGCCAACAUCAAAAAAGAACACAACCAUGAUAUGGAUGUCUCUGGUGAUGGUGAUGGCGGCGAUGUCUCCGGUGGUGAAGUCCAGACGCCUGUCACACAAAAAAAAGCUCCCCCGCCUCCGAAACCGACCGCAACCCCGAGGAGCGGAAUCCGGUCGGCCGACGGUGACGGUUCGUCGGGAAUUCUUGAUUUGAAACGACUCAAACGCGGGGAAAUGGAACCGGAAUCGGAAUCACAACCGCUAGGUGACCCGUUUAAAGGUCUGGAAUUCAAUUCCGCUAACGAAGCGUACAAAUUUUACAACAAUUAUGCCGCGAAUCUCGGUUUCAAAGUCCGAAUUGGUCAACUAUUCCGGUCAAAAAACGACGGAUCGAUUACAUCGAGACGAUUUGUAUGCUCAAAAGAAGGCCACCAACAUCCUUCCCGAGUCGGAUGUGGAGCCUUCAUGAGAAUCCAACAUGACGAUUCCGGUAGAUGGGUGGUUGACCGGUUGUCAAAAGAACACAAUCACGAACUCGACUCGCCCGAAACCACCACCCGCCGGAAAAACUCCAAGUCGUCUAAGGAGGAGUUAGCAGCCGGAUUAGACAAUUUGGAUUUACUCGAAACAAACGGUGGUCUUAGUCUUGUGGAACGGGACCGGGGUAGCGGGAUCGGGUCCCGCUGGUAUAACGUUCUUCUUGAAUAUUUUCAAUCCCGCCAAGUGGAAGAUACCGGAUUCUUCUACGCGUUAGAAGUCGAUAACAGCCGUCUGAUGUCUGUGUUUUGGGCAGAUGGACGGUCCAGAUUUUCUUGUACACAAUUCGGUGACGCGGUGGUUUUCGACACGUCAUACCGGAGUGGAAGCUACUCUGUUCCAUUCGCGUCAUUUUAUGGCAUCAACCACCACCGGCAACCGGUGCUCCUAGCCUGUGCUUUAAUCUCCGAUGAGUCCGAAGACUCGUUCACAUGGGUCUUCAAGACGUGGGUCCGGGCAAUGUCCGGCCGCCGCCCAGUCUCCAUCAUCGCUGACCAAGAUAAACCGAUCCAAAACGCCAUCUCAACAGUUUUUCCGGCAACCCACCACCGGUUCUCCACCUGGCAAAUCCUCCAGAAAGAACGUGAAAACCUAGGGGCGUUAUGGUCAAUCGACGAGUUUAAAUUCGAAUACGAAGCUUGCAUUUCACAAACGCACACCGCUUCUGAAUUCGAUUCCGCGUGGAACCUUCUUACCACAAAGUACAAUCUUAAAGACAACGCGUGGCUAAAAGAAAUGUACAUCACGCGGAAAAGCUGGGUCCCGCUUUACUUAAAGUCGACUUUCUUUGCGGGAAUUCCGGUCAACGGGUCAACAAAACCCUACUUUGAUCCGUUUUUGACCCCGCAAGUCCCGCUAAACGAGUUUUUAAUCCGGUAUGAAAAAGCAAUCGAACAUCAUCGGGAAGAGGAACGAAAAGAGGAUUUUAGUUCGUUUAAUUCACAAAUUGUUCUGCACACAAAAGAUCCUCUAGAAGAACAAUGUCGACGGUUGUACACGAUAACUGUUUUUAAAGUCUUCCAGAAGGAGCUUCUAGAAAGUUACACUUACGUUGGGAUAAAAAUCAACAUCGAGGGAGCCAUCAGCCGUUAUCUGGUCCAAAGAUGUGGGAAUGGUGACGAGAGAAACACGGUUGCGUUUAACGGCUCUAACCUUAACAUCACUUGCAGUUGUCGGAUGUUUGAAUUUGAAGGGGUUUUAUGUCGGCAUGCUUUGAAGGUUUUUCAGAUUAUGAAUAUAAGGGAAAUCCCGUCUAGAUACAUUUUGCAUAGGUGGACGAAAAACGCGAAAUAUGGGAUUUUAAGGGAUGUGGAUUCCGGGGGUGGAGGACAGGAUUUUAAGGCGUUGAUGGUGUGGAGUUUGAGGGAAGAGGCGCAUAGUUAUAUUGAUGCAGGGGCGGCUUCUAUUGAAAGAUAUAAGCUUGCGUUUGAGAUUUUGCAGGAAGGCCGAAGGAAUUUGUGUUGGCAGAAUUGA